AUGGUCCACAGUCUAUCUGUCCUGAACAGAUUGAUCACGUGGAGCGACAAAGGGAUCGAAAUAGAAGCCAAUCCCCGCCACGUAAAUCUGGCGCUGGCACAUUUGAACUUGGGAGCUGCUACGUCAGUGUCAACUCCACUUGUGAAAAGCACCGGAGAUGAGGAUGACACUCCUUUGUCAGCAGAAUACACGGCGCUCUACAGAUCGAUAGCUAUGAGAAUAGGCUACUUGUCGAGUGACAGGCCAGACAUGUUACGAAAAGUGAGGGAGUUGGCCAAAGGGCUCAAGGAGCCAACGCAGUAUCACUGGAACCUGCUGAAACGGGCAGGGAGAUAUCGCAGACCACGCAGGAUGCGUGCGUACGAGAAAAUCAACAACUGGCACUGUGGCGCAGCUGGGCCAGCUGUCGUGAAAGCCACGGCCAAGGGUCAAGCCGUAAUCGCGCCCAGAGAAAAAGCCGAACACUAUGGCCUCAUAUCAACCUCGAGUGCUUGCCUGGGAAAGCAAGCAACGCUGGCUGAUUGGGGCACCCGUUGCCCUGUUGUGAUCAACAUGGAUGCCGCCGCUGGCAUAUCCAUUGGAAGCCGAAGGGUCUCGGACGUGUCAAGCAUAUCCAAACCUGCUUCCUCUGGGUUCAAGAGGUGGUUGCUUCGGGCCGGAUCAAUUGGCAAAAGUCCCUACGGGGAAUAUGUUUCUGACCUAAUGACGCAGCCGCUGGAUUCAAAUCUGAUCCAAAAAAUCCGGGAAGACCUUCGCUUCCUCUGA